AUGGACGACACAGACAUGGGUGUUGCUCUCUCUGUCACAUCACUCGUCAUGAAGCUUGCCCAGGAUGACCCCGAUCAGUACAAGGGUAGUUACGUCAAGGCCGCUCAACGCUUACAAAAGGUCGUCGUCGAGCACGAAUGCGCUGGUGACUACUAUUACUACAAAGUACCUUGCCCCUGGAUACAGGUCAAGCUUCUGCGCUUGAUGCAAUACUUCCCUCCCUCAGACGACUCGCAUGUACGCGCUCUGAUCCGCGAGUCUUUACAAAAGAUCAUGGACAACGCCAUGGAGGCUCCCAAAAAUGUCCAGCAAAACAAUGCCCAGAAUGCCGUUCUCUUCGAAGCCAUCAACCUCACCAUCCAUCUCGACACAGAGCAAGAAUUGAUGAUGCAGAUUUCCUCGAGGCUGGGCAAAUUCAUCCAAUCCAGAGAAACCAACGUACGCUACCUCGGUUUGGAAGCCAUGACCCAUCUGGCUGCACGUUCCGAGAACCUUGAUCCCAUCAAGAAACAUCAGAGCAUCAUUGUCGGAUCUUUGCGCGAUCGCGACAUCAGUGUGAGGAGGCAAGGUCUCGAUCUGCUCUACAGCAUGUGCGACACAACAAAUGCUAAGCCCAUUGUUGGUGAGCUCUUGAAAUACUUGCAGACCGCCGAUUAUGCCAUCCGCGAAGAGAUGGUACUCAAGAUUGCAAUCUUGACCGAAAAGUACGCCACCGACAUCCAGUGGUACGUCGACAUUUCACUAAGACUGAUUGCCAUGGCUGGUGAUCACGUCAGCGAUGAGGUGUGGCAGAGAAUUAUCAUGAUUGUUACCAACAAUGAUGAGCUCCAAGUAUAUGCUGCAUCCAACAUUCUCGAGUAUCUUCGUGCAGAGCAAUGUCAUGAGAUGCUUGUCAAGAUUGGCAGUUACCUGCUAGGAGAGUUUGGUCACUUGAUCGCCGAUAGCCCCAAGUGCAGUCCCAUUGAACAAUUUAUGGCAUUGCAGUCAAAGUUUAAUGGCAGCUCGUCGAGUACACGCGCCAUGAUGCUAUCUGCGUUCAUCAAAUUCGUCAACCUCUUCCCCGAGAUCAAGCCCCAGCUUCUGCAGGCUUUCAAGACAUAUAGUCAUACUCUGGACUCUGAGCUUCAACAGCGCGCAUGCGAGUAUCUAACAUUGGCAACAAUGCCAACAGACGACUUGCUUCGAACCGUCAUGGAUGAGAUGCCUCCUUUCCCUGAACGUGCUUCUGCAUUGCUUUCUAGACUACACUCUAGACAGCAUAACACAACAGACAAGCGCACAUGGGUAGCGGGUGGCAAGGACGCGAACAAGGACCUCAACGAGCGAAACAACACCCUGAAACGUACUUUCAGCGCUGGUAAUACUCUUGAUACGACGGCUCCAGCACAGUCACCCACCAAAGCCAACGGCAGCAAAACACCAGCAGACGAACUCGCCGGCCUGGACUGGGGCACAGAAACAAAAACGCCAAACUUUGCCAGUGCAGAUCACUUGUCACCAGGUUGGGAACGUGGCCACGCUCGCAUGCUCAUGGUACCCGAAGGCAUCCUCUACGAAGACAGCCAAGUCCAAGUCGGCGUCCGCUCAGAGUACCGCGGCGAACUGGGCUGUAUAAUCCUCUACUUUACCAACAAAUCUUCUUUCGCCAUCAACUCUUUUACCACAACCCUCAACAACCCUUCCACCGAGCAUAUCAAAAUCGAUGUAAAGUCGCUACCAGAGACUACAGUCCAGCCUUCGACACAAACACAAGCAAUGAUCAUGCUAGAAGCCAAAACCGUCUUCACCCUCGCCCCCACCAUUCGUAUCUCCUGGCUCGCAGGCGCCCUUCAAGCACUAACGUUGCAGUUACCUCUUGCCAUCCACAAAUACCUUGAACCUGCUUCUCUAUCUGCCGACGACUUUUUCAAGCGCUGGAAACAGAUUGGCGGGCCUGGUCCCCGUGAAGCCCAACGUAUCUUCGCUGGUAAGGAUGUUGCGCCGGUGCCUACACGCCGCAUUCUUGAAGGGUUCAAGUGGGGUGUGCUUGAUGAUGUGGACCCGAACAAGAAGAAUUUUGUUGCGGCGAGUGUGUUGCAUACGAGUCAGGCGGGCAAGGUUGGGUGUUUGAUUCGAUUGGAGCCGAAUACCAACAAUGGGGUAUGUUUUGACCUUUGUGCCGUCUCUGACAAUGAUCUGGAUGGUGAUGCUGACUUUGAAUUCAGANUGUAUCGACUCACCAUCAGAGCAACUGACGAGUCUGUCCCUGCGGUUCUUAUGGAGGCCAUGGAGAAGAGAUUGGCUCUGGGCGAAGCACCUUUCUAUCCACCAUAG